AUGGACAAGUUGGCGACGGUCACAGACUACCUCACCGAAGAGCUUCUCAACACUGCUCCUCCGGAUGACAAGAUCCAACUCUGUGGCCAAGCUGCGCUUGCAAUGCUUUACUCGCGGCCAGUAGAAGCUUACCAGCUGGCGCACCUCAAGAUCUACACGUGGCAAUAUGACAACGUGCCUGAGCAAUGGCGACGUCUCUAUGAGGAGGCAUGCCUUCACCUGGCGGCGGAGGAACUCCAGAAACUCAUCAUUCCAAAUGGGACCGAUUGCAAUGGAAUCGUGGGCUACAACGACCAAAUCUGCGAGAGCUGCUUCUGUAGGGCCAUCAUGCACCUCGACAAGGCCAUCUUCGUCGCAGGCGCUCCAGGCAGGAGAAUCUUGAUCAUGGCGAUGUUUGACAAGCUUGAGGCGUUCUUGGAUGUCUACGGCGAGCAUAUCGGUCCCAUCGUCCUCAACAGCCGCAAGUCAGAAGCCCUCACCACAGACCAUCCCAUCCAGCGAGAACUCCAGCCUCUCUCCCUGUUCGAGUUCCAGCAGCAUCUCGACAACUACGGCGGUCCCAUGGUCAUCCACGACUCCUUCGGAGAGUGGCCCGCAACUCGACGGUGGCAAAAUGCCACCUACCUCCUAGAGCGCACGCUCGGCGGCCGCCGCACCGUCCCAGUUGAGAUCGGAGCAAGCUACACCUCAAAGGGCUGGACUCAGGAAGUGAUGACCGUGCACAAAUUCAUGGAGCGAUUCAUCUUCCCCGAGAAUCCCGCUCAAAUCGGCUACCUCGCCCAGCACGACCUGCUCUCCCAAGUCCCAGCGCUGCGAAGUGACAUCCUCACUCCCGACUACUGUUUCUCCGCGCCACCAGCUCCCAAAGGCGCUGCCGCCUUGACCGUUGGCCUGGACAGCAACGCAGAGCUGGGAGAGCCGCUCGUUCACGCCUGGCUGGGCCCCAAGGGCACGAAAACCCCACUUCACACGGAUGCGUACCACAACAUCCUCUGCCAGGUCGUGGGACACAAGUACGUGCGCUUGUACGCGCCGGAGGAGAAAGUGGAGCUCUACCCCAUGGACGUGGACGAGCGCGGCGUGAAGAUGGCGAAUACCAGCAGCGUGUGUGUGGAGUUUGUGUCCUCGAAGGGCAAGGCAGCGGAGAUGGAUGCGGAGAAGGCGUGUGAGCUGGAGGAGAAGUUCCCGCGCUUCAAGGAGGCGAAGUACGUGGAGGCGAUUCUGGGCCCGGGUGAGGCCCUUUACGUCCCGUUGGGCUGGUGGCAUUAUGUGGAGAGUCUCACCAACAGCUUCUCCGUCUCGUUUUGGUUCAACUGA